UUUGUGUGAAUUUUCAUAAAUGGAGUCUUGGAAUGACAGAAAGGAUUUCAAUAGCGAGGAGGAGAGGAAUCGUUCAUAUAGAGGCGUGAGGCGAAGAAGCUGGGGGAAGUGGGUUUCUGAGAUAAGGCAGCCGGGGACCAAGAGUAGGAUAUGGCUAGGGUCAUAUGAUAAGCCCCAUAUGGCAGCUAGAGCUUAUGAUGUGGCUGCUGUCUGCUUGAAGGGGAAAUCUGCUUUGCCCAAUUUUCCUCACCUAAUCCACACUCUCCCUCGCCCUGCUUCCUUAGAUCCAAGGGACAUUCAAUCUGCUGCUGCUAAGGCAGCCCUUUCCUUUAGGCAUUAUUCCCAUGUGACCACUGCGCUAAAAAAUCGUCAUCAUUCAUCAAUCUUCAUGAAUCCUCCCCAGCCUUGCCCUUCUACUGUAAUUGAAGCUUCUAAUGAGAAGCAAUCCCAAAUGCUUAAUUUGGCUGAUCCAAUUCAAAUGGAGGAAGCCCAGCAGCCAAAUUGCUUUCUUGAUGAUGACUAUGGUAAAGUAGCCCCAGCUAUAAAUCGAAUUAGGACUGAGUUUGUCCAGUUUGAUGAUGAAUUGCGCCCACCUGAGUCGCCAAAUUUAGUAACAAAUAUGGCAGAAGCUCUUCUUCUCACGCCCCCUCGCUUUGAUGAAUCUUCUGAUUAUGCUAACAUUUCCAUAUAUGAUGAUUACUACAUCGAUUCAGAGCCCUUCGGUUUUCUUUGGAGUGGCUUCUGA